AUGUCGGAAGUUGGAAAGAACCACGAGAUUAUAAAAGACCCUGAACUAUUAGUCUCCGAUGACUCAAUAUUGAAUUCGUCACAAUCACAGGCAUCCGACUUUGAUGCCGACGCAGAAACAGCACGCUUAGCUGAAGAAUUGGGUAUAAAUCACAAGAAACUUAUGUGGAAGAUUGACGUUUGCGUUGUACCGCCAUUUUGUCUCCUAUAUUUCUUUUCAUUUUUGGACAGAGUCAACAUUUCCAAUGCCAAUGUCUAUGGUUUAAGUAAAGAGUUGAAAUUGACAGGUAAUCAAUACAAUACAGCAUUGACCUUGUUCUUUGUUCCAUAUAUAUUUUUCGAAGUCUUUGGAAAUUACUGUAUCAAGUUUGUUAAGCCCCAUAAAUGGCUUUCAGGAUCGGUGUUUUUAUUUGGCGCCAUAACAGUGGGAAUGGGAUUUUCCAAUAAUUUCAGUGCAUUGGCAGCAACCAGAUUCCUCUUGGGAAUAGUCGAGUCGGUGUUGUUUUGCGGUAUUUUUUAUUUGCUUUCCACGUACUAUUCGAAACCAGAAGCACAAAGGCGGUUCUCCGCAUUUUUUUCAUGCACUGCUUUGUCGGGUGCUGCAUCGGGGGCCAUAGCUUAUAGAGUCAAUGAUUUGGAUGGGUUACACGGUAUAUCUUCUUGGAGAUGGAUUUUCAUUUUGGAAGGGUGUGCUACUGUCAUUGGCAGUUUCUUUUUGUAUUUCAUGAUUGCUGAUUUCCCAGAAGAGUCAAGGUUUUUAAACGAAAAGGAACGUAAAUUCAUCAAACAAAAGUUGGAAUGGUAUUCAGGUACAAGUUCAGCAUUUGAGAUUAAAAACACAUGGAGAGAUGUGGCCAAGUGUCUUACCGAUUGGUUGAUUUGGUUGCCUUCGUUGUCAUAUUUUGCUUUGAUCAUUCCAUCGUAUGGCUAUGCUUAUUUUGCUGCUACUAUCAUUAACCAAAUGGGGUACACUGCAGUUUCUGCACAGCAGCAUUCGAUUUAUCCUUGGGUGUGUGCAUUUGGUGUGAUUAAUGUUGUCGCAUUUGCAUCCGAUUAUUUCAAAAGGAGAUUACCUUUCCUUAUUGGUGCCAUGGUUGUUGCUAUUGCCGGAUUGGCUAUGAUCUUGGGAGCUACUGAUAGGCCGCAAGUGAGAUACGGUGGUUGUUUCUUAGCUGCCAGUGGGCUAUACACCGCCAUGCCUUUGAUUGUGUGUUGGGCCGCUUUGAACAACGGAUCACACCUUCGUAAGUCAGUUGGGACGGCUUGGCAAAUUGGGUUUGGUAACAUUGGUGGUAUAAUUGCCACAUUCAUCUUUUUGGCCAAAGAUGCCCCUGUUUAUAAACCUGGGUUGAGUACGUGUCUUGCUGCUGUUUGCUUUGCCAUGGUAACGGCAAUUGCCUACUUCUUCUACUGCGUGCAUAUGAACAAAAUCAAACAGACAGAUGCUUAUAAGCAAAAGUUUGCUGAGUUGCCAGAACGUGAGCAAAUCAACCUUGGUGAUAGGAAUCCAAGGUUUGUUUAUUUAUACUGA